CAGUGUAGUUAUGAUUGGAUACACAACAGAUGACUCUCUAUCCAUUUCUGAGUUCAGUGGAGACGAGUAUGUUCCUGAAACCUCUGAAGACACAGGAAGCGACACUUCAGCAGAAGAUGACAGGACAGCAGAAGAUGUCAAACAGCACAAGGAUAAGAAGAGAAAGGCCCUCAGGAACCUCAGUGAGGCAAAAUGGAACGCUCCACAACUACUUCCUUUUGCUGAAGAUGUUAAAAAAAUGCACGAGCAUCUCAACGUACAAAGGAAGGACUGCCAAACAAAACUCCAACAAGAACCAAACAAGAAGCACUGGGCAGAACUUGCGAAAAUGACACUUUGUGAGGUGAUACUUUUUAAUCGUAGAAGAGAAGGAGAAGUAUCAAAGAUGCCCCUUAAUGGUUUCCUGUUAAGAGAUACCUCCACUACUCAUCCAGAUGUUGAGCUUGCUUUGUCAGACUUUGAGAAAAAGCUUUGUAAGCACUUCCAGCGUAUUGAGAUAAAGGGAAAACGCGGACGAAAGGUCCCCAUCCUUCUCACUCCUGAUAUGAUGACGUCCAUGAACUUGCUUGUCAAGACUCGCCAGAACUGUGAUGUGCCUGAUGAGAAUCCCUUCCUGUUUGCGAGACCACAGGCACUCAGUCACUUCAGAGGAUCAGAUGUCAUCCGUCACAUUGCUCAAAGCUGUGGAGCAAGCCACCCAGAAGCAUUGUCCUCUACCAAACUCAGAAAGCACAUGGCUACUAUGUCCAAGGUCCUCAACCUCAAAGACAAUGAAAUGGAUGACCUUGCGGACUUCCUUGGGCAUGACAUCAGAGUACACCGCCAGUAUUACAGGCUGCCUGAAGGCACAUUACAGCUUGCCAAAGUGAGUAAAGUCCUCAUGGCCAUGGAGCAAGGACGACUGGCUGAAUUUAAAGGAAGGAAUCUGGAUGAAAUCAACAUUGAUCCACAAGAGACAAUGGCUGUGGACAGCGAUGCAUCAGUUUCGGAGGAGGAUGACAUGACUGUGAAGGAUGCUGCGUCUUCUACUUCAUCUUCACCUUCAACUUCAUUAUCAGAAAAAUCGGGAGUGAAAAGAAAGUCCACCACUGAAGUUGGACGAAUCCAUGAUCCACGUGAAGUCAAAGGGGUUGAAUUAACAAAAACUAAUUGA